AGUGACUUGCGCAUUUGAUAUUGAAAUUUUGGUUUUAACUUCAAAGUGUUUUGUGAAGAAAUGGCGCAUAGGUGUGUAGUUUCUAAUAUAAUCGUUUUUUGUCUUUUUUAUGUUGGUAGCAGUGGCGAUUGGGUGGAGAUACCGCAAAUGCAGGAGGAAGUAGCUGAAAAACCGUCCGGCGGUACCAAAAGCUACGUAUUCCCUCGUAAUGAGUACGUCUACAGAAGACCUGUCAAAAACAACAAUAGACAUAUACAGUCAACAUAUCCACCAACAACUACAGCCACGUCACCAAUAGAAGAAAUGAUGCCUUUAACAACUGAGCCCACUGAAAACUUAAACAUCCCCUCUCCAUACCAUGAAGGUCCUCCAACAAUACAGGAUAGAGUAGACAAUUUAGAAGAAAUGAAAACAGAAAAAAUGGAACGAAAAUCAGGGAAACUUGAGGAAGAAGUGGAGGAAAAUGAAGAUCCUGAUGAACCAGAGGAGGGAACUGAGGGUUUCAUGCCUCUCUUGAAAGAAGUACAAGAAGAUUUGACAGUCAAGGGUCGCAAAAAUCUCAAAGGGAAGAUAGAUAGAUUGAAGAAUCUAAGGGAUGAUCUACUUCUUAAUAUUGAUGAAAGGGUAACUAAGCUGUGGGGUGGAUCAACUAAACAACCAACUGAAGCAAGAGGAUAUAAGGAUGACGAUCACGAUAUGCAUUUCCCAUCGAAUGAAGGAGCUCUGAUGACCAUCGGGUUCCUUACAUUUGCUGUUUUUCUCAUCAAGUUGGUAUUGAAACUUGUUCAAGCCAUAAAAAACAAACACAACAUGAUGGUUGUUACUCCAACAGUAGUGACAAACGCAGCAAUUAUUGGCAGAAAGAAGAGGGAUGUUGAAUUUGAUGAACAGAAGAGGAUACUCCAACUGAUGGAUGAAUACGAUUCCAGAUCAAUAAAGAAUUGA